AUGACACCAAUACCGCCUCCUGAACUUCCCGAGAUACCACACAUUGACGUCCGCCCGCAAAAUGGUGCUGCUUCCCACGAAACGAGCGGCAUCCACAUCGACAUAAACAGCGACAGCGUCGACGAUCCAUUCCGCCUGGCGAGCGAGUAUGCCUAUACACCGCGCAAGAUCAAAGUCUUUACCAUUGGCGCGGGCUUUUCUGGCCUGCUGAUGGCGCACAAGUUCCAGCAUCGCUUCCCAGACCUUCGGGAUAUUGUCGAGCACACCAUCUUCGAGGCCCGCGACGACAUUGGCGGCACCUGGCUGGUGAACGAUUACCCAGGCGUCCAGUGCGAUGUCCCGGCGCACAUCUACGCUUUCCCAUUUGAUCCCAACCCGGACUGGGCGCGAUUUUAUGCCAGUGGCGCCGACAUCCUUGCAUACAUGAAGGCCACGGUCAAGAAGUGGAAUCUCGAUCGCGAUCUCCAACUGAGCACAAAGGUUGUCGAGGCCCGGUGGCUAGAAGAGACGGGCCAGUGGAGAGUGACGGUCGAGCACAAGGGUGAACGGCGAGACGAGUACUGCCACGUCCUCAUUUCAGCACAAGGUGUAUUAGUACACGAGAGCUGGCCUUCGAUACCAGGACUCCGCGACUUCAAGGGCCACAUCACGCACUCGGCCGCAUGGGACCACAACUACGACUACUCGGGCAAGCGGAUCGCAGUGAUCGGCAACGGAUCUUCGGGGAUUCAGAUUGUGCCGCAGAUGGCCAAGCUGCCGGGGACGGACGUGAAGAACUUCAUCCGGGGCCCGGCAUGGGUGUACUACCGGGCGCCGCCAUCCAAGCACCUGGGCCGUGAGAGCGACGACUUGAACCCGGCAUACACGGCCGAGGAGCGGGAGAGGUUCAAAGCCAGCCCAGAGGCGCAUCUAGCGCACCGCAAGGGCAUCGUGACGCGCACCAACAAAUCGUUCUACAUCUUCCGCAAGGGCGAGACCAACCGCGAGGGCAUGCGCCUUGCCUCUGAGCAGAUGGCCGCCAAGCUCAACCACGACCCGGAACUGUGCGAGAUGCUGAUCCCGAAGUGGGAUCUCGGCUGUCGCCGUAUCACACCCGGCCCGGGCUAUCUCGAGUCGUUCCUCCGUCCGAACUGCCAUCUCACAAACAGCGCCAUCACAAGCGUCAGUGACCACGCCGUCCAUACGGCAGACGGCAAGACCUAUGAAUGCGACGUCAUCGUCUGUGCCACCGGCUUCGACGUCUCGCACCGCCCCCGGUACCCCCUGAUCGGCCAAGGCGGCGUGGACCUGGCGACGCGCUGGCUGGACGACCCAGAGUCGUACAUCUCGGUUGCGACGCCCGACUUCCCCAACUACUUCAUGAUGAUGGGGCCCAACUGCCUGGGCGGGCACGGCUCGCUGGUCGAGUCGCUCAACUGGACGGGCGACUACUUUGCCAAGUGGAUCCGCAAGAUGGCGACCGAGGACAUCAAGCACGUGUCCCCGAAACGCAGCGUCGUCGACGCCUUCAUCCGUUACUCGGACCAGGUCCACCAGACGCUCGUGUGGACCUCGAGCUGCAGCUCGUGGUACAAGCGCGGGCGGUCCGACGGCCGCGUGACGGCCCUCUUUGGCGGCAGCGCGCACCUGUUCCAGCGCAUGCUCUCAGAGAUCCGAGGCGAGGACUUUGAUAUCACGUACAACACGGCCAACCCGAUGAGGUUCAUGGGCAACGGCUUCACCGCGUUCGAGAUGGACCAGGACAGCGACCUGUCGUGGUAUGUCGAGCUUGCGGACAAGGCGCCGCAGGAGGAAGGUGGGAAGAAGAAGGAGAAGGUGGUGGCGUAA